ACGACGUCCCUGAGCCUGGCCGGGGAAUAAAGAAACCCGGACCUGUCCGCUGGGCGCCGGGAUGCCGCAGGCUUAGAAUGAAGCUUCGAUACUGUACCCCAAGGAUGCUGGCAGGGACACUCUGACUCAUUAAGGGAGAGCCAAGUGUCAACAAAGAGGGGAGACUUCAGCCUUGCAGACAAUGCCCCCAGGAAUUCCUAGCAGUGUUGCCCAUAGCACCACCUGGCCAAUGGAGAUCACCACAGGGAUCAUGGAUGAGAACACCACCAACACUUCCACCAACUCCUUUUCUGUGCUUGACCCCCACGGAGCCUACGCUGCUUCCUUCCCAUUCAACUUCAGCUACGGCGACUAUGAUAUGCCCUUGGAUGAAGAUGAGGAUGUAACCAAUUCCCGCACUUUCUUUGCUGCCAGGAUUGUCAUUGGCAUGGCCCUGGUGGGCAUCAUGCUGGUCUGUGGCAUCGGCAACUUCAUCUUUAUUGCUGCCCUGGCCCGCUACCGGAAGCUGCGCAACCUCACCAACCUGCUCAUUGCCAACCUGGCCAUCUCUGACUUCCUGGUGGCCAUUGUCUGCUGCCCCUUUGAGAUGGACUACUAUGUGGUGCGCCAGCUCUCCUGGCAGCAUGGCCACGUUCUGUGCACCUCUGUCAACUACCUGCGCACGGUCUCUCUCUACGUUUCCACCAAUGCCCUGCUGGCCAUUGCCAUUGACAGGUAUCUGGCCAUCGUCCACCCGCUGCGACCGCGGAUGAAGUGUCAGACGGCCAGCGGCCUGAUCGCCUUGGUGUGGGCCGUGUCCAUCCUCAUCGCCAUCCCCUCCGCCUACUUCACCACCGAGACGGUCCUCGUCAUCGUCAAGAGCCAGGAGAAGAUCUUCUGCGGCCAGAUCUGGCCCGUGGACCAGCAGCUCUACUACAGGUCCUACUUCCUCUUCAUCGUGGGCGUGGAGUUCGUGGGCCCGGUGGUCACCAUGGCCCUGUGCUACGCCAGGAUCUCCCGGGAGCUGUGGUUCAAGGCGGUGCCCGGCUUCCAGACGGAGCAGAUCCGCAAGCGGCUGCGCUGCCGCAGGAAGACGGUGCUGGUGCUCGUGGGCGUCCUCAGCGCCUACGUGCUGUGCUGGGCGCCCUUCUACGGCUUCACCGUCGUGCGCGACUUCUUCCCCGCCGUGUUCGUGAAGGAGAAGCACUACCUGACCGCCUUCUACGUCGUGGAGUGCAUCGCCAUGAGCAACAGCAUGAUCAACACGCUGUGCUUCGUCACCGUCAAGAACAACACCAUCAAGUACUUCAAGAAGAUCCUGCUGCUCCACUGGAAGGCCUCGUACAACGGCGGCAAGUCCAGCGCGGACCUGGAUCUCAAAACCACCGGGGUGCCUGCCACGGAAGAGGUGGACUGCAUCAGGCUGAAAUAACCCCACGGACCCUGCCAAGUUUAAACACAAGGCAGGAUCUCUGGGACACGGACCCGUGUGCUUGGAUCAACCAAGAGCUCCUGGCUUGCUGGGGUGGGGUAAACGCAGAGGGUGCGGUAAAUGGACGGCUCUGUGAAAACUGUUUAAGGGGCACCAUGAGACUAGACACUGUCACCAGUGGCCAGAGUUCACUGAGUGUCUAAUUUAUGCACCACUAGGCACAGGUGAAACCUGUCUGUAUAUGUUGAUGACAUUUAGUUGGCAAAAUGAAACAGGAAUCAAACCAAAGAAAGUGUUGUGGUACAGACAGUUGGGAAUAAGGGGGCUUCGAGAAAGAAACAAGAGUAAGCAUGUAGGACUGCAGUGCAUUUGUUACUAGUGUGAGGGUGUCUCUGGACCAACUCAGCGACCCCUCAGGCACUAAGGUAGCCCAUCUCUGGGAAUGUUCUUAGGCCUGAGUUCACUCCUAACCUCUGAAAGGCAGGGGCAGGAAUACAGAAGAGACUCCCAGCUCUUUCCGCAGCCCUUCUCUUCUCAUCCCUGCUUCUGACCCUCACCGCGAGGCACCUUGCAGGCAUGCACAUAGACACCCAGCACCCAUGGCCAAGUGCUGUGCAGAGUUUUUCCCCCACGCUGCGCUGUGGCCACUCCUCAGGCCUGAGGCUCUGCACAUACAUGGUGAGGCUCAUCUUCAGAAGCAUGGACUUGGAGAAGCCACACAGACAGUGGAUGCCAUUUGGACAGGGAAUUGUGGGGUCUUGGGACCUGGAGCAAGUCUGGAAAGGAAAGCCUGAGCUCAGGGUGGGCAUGUCCCCUUGGUUCCAUGGACUUUUUGCCCCUGGGGGGAAGGGAUGUACAGGUGGAAGAAGUCAACAUAGGAUCUCUAGAAGCCUGUGGGGCUGUGGGUAGGGGCUGAGGCUCUCCAGGUGUAAGGAUUUUUUUCUGUCUUGGGCCAAUUAGGCUUCCCCUAAGUCCUUACUUUCCUUCUCACAUCUCCAUGUUUAUGAUGCAUAGAAUCUUUCAAAGUAGACACAACACCUCAUGGAUGUGGACAUCAGUCAUUUUUCCAUUUCUACCAGCUCUCAAAUGUGAGCGAGGAGGAGUUCCCUGCUAACCAGACAGCCCUCACUGGUAUGAUUCGAGGGCAAGAUACCUUUGUCACUUGUGCCUGAAUCCCAUCCUGGUCAUUAUUCACUUGGAUAAAGCCUUACUUCUUUUUUGAAAUGGAGGUACUGCUGGGUGAGAAAAGCCACCACAUUUCUACUCCUCAGUGUGAAUGAAACCAUGCGAUUCCAUGGCAAGGAAUGCAAAUCAGAUGCAUCUACCAGGGGAUGGGAGAGCCCUGGGCACCCAGGAAAGAAGGGGGCAUACAAAUGGGUGGCGUUGGACCCAACAGUGAGUCCACAGGCUUAUUGAAGUCUCAUCCCACUUUCCAACCUGCUUUCUGUGGUGUUUUGAAGCUUGCAAGUUAGUAUUUUGGAACUAGAAGAUCACCCGUGUGGCCCUAGGCAAAACCUCUUUGAUAGGACAAAGGCAACACCUGUGAUACCUACUGACAGAAUGGUUGUGAGGUGCCAACAAAACAUGUGGGGGAAUGCUGUCAACCACACGAGCAGUCAGAAGAAUGGAUCAGCGACUGCAUGGAGUGGCCAGAAACCUUGCCAUCUCCCUCUUUUAUUAUUCUUUGUGUAAAUUGUACCUUUGCCCUUCUUAGCAGGACUAUAUGCGUUAUGUUCCCAAAUGACAUGUUGGUAUGACAAUCAAGGCCAGGAGAUUUGAUGGCAGAAGCAUAAAGAAAAUGGAGGGUGGGUCUCCAGUCAAAGGAUAAGUUCAGGGUUUUGGAAACUCCAGAAUCAGAGCUUUGCUGUGAUCAUGGAAGUAUUGGUCGUCUUCCUAUGCCUGCCCCCAGUCAGCAUGACCCCGGACAAGACGAUAGUUGUCUCUCAAUUUGUUUUUAUUCUCGUGAGUGUGUAGAGCUACAAAGUGGACUUGUUCUUUUCUUCUUAUUUAAUUCUAGAGUAGCACACUUUAAGGCUAUUUAAGUGACAUCUGUGUGGCCUUUCCACCUCCAAAUAUAGUUGACUCUUUAUUUCUGGUGGCAAAGUUUAUUUUUUAUAGCCACUCUAUUUCCCUGGAACACACAUUUCAAAGACUAUUUAUUUCUUCCCAUGUAUCACCAACAGAUGUACUCUACAGUUUGGUCAGAAUGUUCUCAGAGAAUAAGAACUAAUUGAAAUAUUAGCCUAGAUGCAUUGGAAAGUAAUUUUUAUUUCUUUUAUAAACUCAUAUAUUGUGUUCUAAAAUCUAGAAAGUUAAAUUUUAGAUUGAAAUAUAAUAAAAUGAUAGAAUACAUUGUUGUUAUGUUCACCAUUUUCAUCAGGAAUGCUAAGCUGGAGAUGACUAUUAAAUAGGGGAUUUUUACAUGCUACAACCAAACUCCUUUAGCUUUUCAGCCUAAAAUUGUAUCAGUUUUUCACUCAACUCUCUGUAAUAUUUUGAAGUAUUAGUAUC